AUGGAUCUAGCAUUUGCUCUAUUUGAACGACACAAAGAAUUGAUUUUAACAUUAAAUGAAUGUUUAUCAGACACACGUGAUAUAUUGAUAAUUCUCGACGUUAUCAAUAUUUUAACGAACAAAACAAAACAAACUCAAUUGCCCGAAUUAUUUCUUGGUCAAUCGAAUGCUAUUUUAGGAGAAAAACUUCUUUUGACCCAAGAAAUGAUUGAUACGACUCAUACUUAUUUCGAUAGGAUGGCUGAUGGACAACUAAUGAAAUUUAUGAAUCAGAAUAUUAAUCUCGAUUGGCAUCCGUUACCACAUGAAUCAAUUAAUCAGUUCAUCGAAAAUCUAUCAGACGAAUCUGUUCCUGAUUCAACUAAAUAUAUUUCAUAUACUUGUUUAUGUGAUAUACCAUCAGUACAUAUAAAAACACGUGCUAAACUUUACUAUUUAUUCAAUAUUUUCAUUGAAAAAGUCUUACCAAUGAUUGAUUUAAGUUUAUCACCAGGUGACAGUAUUCUUAUCGAUCGAAUUCAAUCAGCACGAAAUUAUAUAUUAUCUACAACAAAAUUUCAAUUGUUUAAUGAUACUUUAGUUAAAACUAGAUCCACUUCAGAAUUCUGUCCAGACAUAAAAUUUGAUACAGUGAAAGCCAGUCUUGGUGAGCAUCCUGAAGAUACAAUGUUCUAUCAAGCAUAUAAGCAAUCAUAUUCUAACGCAUCUCGAGCAUUUCGGCGUACGAUGGACGAAAGAGCUUGGACAGCCGUUUUUAUCGGCAUGCAUAGUAAUGAUGGAGGUGGACCUUAUCGAGAUUCAAUAACACGCAUGUGCGCCGAAUUAUGUAGUACUAAAUUACCAUUAUUUAUUCUUUGUCCUAAUGGACGAACAAACAGUGGUUCAAAUUGUGAUCGAUGGAUUCCGAAUGUUUUCCCACCAAAUCGACCCAUACCAGAUGAAUUUAAAAAUCAAUAUCGUUUUGUUGGACAAUUGAUGGGCAUGGCUAUACGUACGAGAAACCUUUUAGAUGUUCGAUUUCCGACUUUACUCUGGAAACAAUUAGUACAAGAAAAAGUUACAAUUGAAGAUAUUGAAGCAAUUGACAUGCAAAGUUUUACUAUUAUUAAUCAAAUGGAAGAAAAUAUUAAACAAGUAAAAAUUCUCAAUGAAUGUGAAGAUGGUAAUGUGAAUGAUGAUUGCGAUUAUUUAUUUAGUAGUAUCAUGAGUGAAUUAACAUUUGAUGUUGUUAGUUCGGCUGGACAAACUUAUGAACUUAUUCCUGGAGGUUUUCAUAUUCCUAUAACUGCUGCCAAUUUCGAAGAUUAUUGUAUGCGCUAUCGUCAAUAUCGUAUUAAUGAAUUUCAUCGACAAAUUGAUUUUAUUCGUCAAGGUUUAUAUAGUGUCGUACCAUCGGCUUAUUUGACUUUGUUUACAGCUAGUGAAUUAGAAGAAGCUGUUUGUGGUAAAGGUUAUAUCGAUAUUGAAAUGUUGAAACGUCAUACAUAUUACAGUAGUGAUUCAGAGACUACAUCACAUAUCAGUCGAUUUUGGUCGGUUUUAAGUGAAAUGUUUAGUGAAGAACAGAAAAAGCUAUUUUUAAUAUUCGUUUGGGGACGAAGUACCUUACCUAAUAGGGAUGAAGAUUUUUCUUCGAGUUUUACAAUAGCUCGUCUGGAAACAAGUGGCAAUGUUGAUGAUGCUCUUCCUAAAUCGCACACAUGUGCAUUUGGUCUUGAUUUACCUCCAUAUUCAACUAAAGAAAUCAUGUAUGAACGUUUGAAUUAUGCUAUUACUUAUUGUUCCAGUAUCGAUAAUGAUUGGACCAUGAAUUAG